AUGCUACGUCGUCCACCUGAAUUACCACGGUCAGUUAAUGACCGACUCAAUCGAUUCGCAACAUCAGUAUUUACACCAAGGGAUACAAAUGAUAUGAAACCAGGAAAUAAUCUUUUAUCGCAAGAAGCUCGAAUUGAGAUAGAAUAUUCAUCAAGUUUACCAUUACAAAUGUUGAUAUAUUUUAAUGUUUGCUUUUUUCCAUGCUGGCUUUUCUCAUUAACAUUUGUUUUGCCGGUAUUAACAUUAAAUGUUGACAAUAACCCAAUUAUUUUGAUGGUUUUUACAUUUGUUUUUAAAGCAGUUAUUGAAAUUAUUAGAUUAUAUUUGGGCUAUACAGGAAAUUUAGCUGAACGAAUGCCUGAAUUAACAGCAUUUUGUUUAUUAACAAUUAUUUUUCAAAUACCAUUAAGCAUAUUUUUACUUAUUUAUCCAUUGAUUGCAACACUUACAGUUCAACUGUCACUUAUAUUUUCUGUUGAAAUUAUAUAUAUAACGUUUCUUGUGUUAGAAGCAGUAUUUGGUAUCUAUGCUGUAAGUAUUAUGGUUACAGCACAAUCAAGUCGUUUUCAUUAUCGGCAAUUUGAAGAAGUUCUCGCAGCAAAUAACAGUCGCCCACCAUCAGGAUAA